CAGAGACUUGUAAAAUUGGUUUCAGCGAGUAGCAUUUUUUUAAUUAUUGUUAUUUUUUUAUGUAUUUAUUUUUAAAACAAAAUGAUACAGUUUGCCACGCGUAAAAAUAAUCUAAAACAUGUAAAUUGUGGUUAUGUACUACUGCUUUACAGACACGUUUUCUGAGAAAUCUGAGUUGUUCCAGAUAUUCUGGGUGGAUUAUAAUGUGUGCAUACGAACACGAAAUGACAUUUAGCCGGUUUUAACUCGAUAUAAAAAUAGAAACAUUCACAUGAAACAAAAAUGGACUACAACUCCCAAUAACCGCUCCGGGAACAUACGUCUUCCGUCGUGAGUUGCCAUGGUACCACGAAUAAACCUGCGUGGCUUGAAAGACGUGGUUCCCUUGGUAACCUGUUGGAUGACAACACACAAAAGUAAAGAAGUGAGCGAAAAGUAUUGAGUUUUGUUUAACGGGCAGGCAACACAGAGCAAAAGAUUAUAAACAGUAAGGAGCGUGGAAGUCGGCUGAUCACAGGUCCCCACAGGACAGCGUUCAUUAAGAAUGUCUGCGAUUGUUGCUCAGUCCCAUCACAUCUUUGGCAUCCGAGCAGGAGUUACGAAUAAUGUUUUCUACUUUGAUGAACAAACUAUUAUAUUCCCGUCUGGGAACAACUGCUUACGGUACAACAUUGACCAGAAAUGGCAGAAGUUUAUCCAAGGGUCAGAGAAAAGUCACGGGAUGCUCGCCCUGGCCAUCAGCCCUAACCGGCGUUACCUGGCGGUGUCUGAGAGGGGGGAGAAGGGCAGCAUCACCGUGUACAACCUGCAGCAGGAGCAGAGCAAGAAGAGGAAGGUGCUGACUGGGGGAGAGCUCCCGGUACAGGAGUUCCUCUGCAUGGCCUUCUCCCCUGAUUCCAAGUACCUGAUUGCCCAGGCUGGAGCGCCAGACUGGACCCUCUUCUACUGGGUGUGGGAGAAGCAGAAGGUGAUGGCAACCAUGAAGACCAGCAGCCAGAGCAACCCCAUCAGCCAGGUUAGCUUCAACCCUCAGGACAACACUCAGAUCUGCGUCACUGGUAACGGGGUGUUUAAACUGUUCCGCUACGCUGAGGGAAGCCUUAAACAGUCCAGCUUCCAGAAGUUGGAAGGCCAAAACAUCUUGUGCCAUGCCUGGGUUUCAGAGGAGCGGGUUAUCGCUGGCACAGAGACUGCUAAACUCUUGGUGUUUGAGUCGGGAGACCUGCGCUGGGAGAUGAGUGUAGAGCCAAAGCCUGCCAGCCAAGAAGCAGAGCGGUUGUGCUCCAGCACAGAGCAGCAUGCCCGGAGCAUUUCUCAUGCCCGGGUCUCCGCUAUCGUCGCCUAUUCCAAAGGGUUUGCAUGCUCCGCUGGGCCAGGUGCAGUGUGUCUGUUCGAGAAGACAGAGGAAAAGGAUGUCUAUAGGAAAGCCAGGGAGAUCAGGAUUCCCCAGGACUUGCACAGUCACGAGCCGAGCCACGCGGAGCAGCAGCAGUUUGCAGCUCUUUGUAUCAGCCCCUCCGAGGAGACCCUGGUUGGCAGUACAGACCGUGGGCAGCUGUACAGCAUCACCCUCUCCUCCGUGGAGAUGAGCAGGGGGGAGCAGGCGAAGUUUGAGUUCCUGUCCUACUCCUUUCACUACGGCAUUAUCACUGGCCUGGACAUCUGUAUCCGCAAACCGCUGAUCGCCACCUGCUCGCUGGACCGAUCCGUACGCAUCUGGAACUAUGAGACCAGCUCUCUGGAGCUGUAUAAGGAGUUCCAGGAGGAGGCUUACAGCAUCACCCUCCACCCAUCUGGUCUCUUCAUACUCGUGGGGUUCACCGACAAGCUGCGACUCAUGAACCUGCUGAUUGAUGACAUCAGGACAUUCAGAGAGUUCACAGUGAGGGGCUGCCGGGAGUGUGCUUUCAGCAACGGGGGGCAUCUCUUUGCGGCAGUGAACGGAAAUAUCAUCCAUAUCUACUCUUCAACGACGUUUGAAAACAUCCUCAACCUGAAGGGCCACAAUGGGAAGGUGCGUUCCAUUGUGUGGAGUCCUGAUGACAGCAGGCUGGUGUCCUGUGGGAUGGACGGGGCCGUCUACGAAUGGAACACCAUCACCAGCAAGAGGGAAUCGGAGAGCGUGCUGAAAUCAUGCAGCUACACCGGCAUCACCAUCUCGCCAGAUGCCAAAACUUUCUUUGCCGUUGGCUCUGACUGUACCCUGAAAGAGAUUACUGACUCCCAGAUCCUGCGUGAAGUUCACUCUGAUGAUGUUCCGUACACCACUAUAGUGAUGUCUCACUCGGGGAGAAUGAUUUUCACUGGCACAGCCAUGGGAACCAUCCGAGCUAUGAAAUACCCGCUGCCAAUACAGAAAGAGUGGAAUGAGUAUCAGGGCCAUGCUUCUCCUAUUACGAAGAUGGCCAUCACACACGAUGACCAGUUCCUGCUCACUGUGUGCGAGCAUGGAUGCCUGUAUAUCUGGAGGAUAAUUGAUAAGGAAGGGCGGGGCCUGAAACGAGAGAAGGAAGUUGUCUAUGCGGAGGAGAUUCUCAUCACCAAGUCAGACCUCGAGGAAAAGAACCAGGUCAUGACAGAACUGAAGACCAGGGUUGAAGAGCUGAAAAUGGAGAAUGAGUACCAGCUCAGGCUAAAGGACAUGAACUACAACGAGAAAAUCAAAGAGCUGACGGAGAAAUUCAUCCAGGAAAUGGAGUCACUGAAAACCAAGAACCAGGUUCUCAAAACGGAGAAGGACAAACAGGAGCUGAAUCAUGAAAAGGAGAUAGCCGACGUAGUGGAGAGACACUCCAAGGAGCAGCAGGACCUGGAAUCUGCCAACAACCAGAAGCUGAUGCUGGAGUAUGAGAAGUACCAGGAGCUGCAGAUGAAGUCCCAGCGAAUGCAGGAGGAGUAUGAGAAGCAGCUCCACGAGAUGGAGGAGAGCAGGACCCUGGCGCUGGAGGAGCUGACCGAGUAUUACGAGGCCAAGCUGCAGGAUAAACUGGUCCUGCUAGACCAGUGUCAGGAUGAGUCUCGGCAGCAGGUUCGAGAGUUUGAUGAGUCCAAGAAGCAGAUGGAGGAGGACGGGGACCGCGAGAUCCAGGACAUCAGGAUUAAAUAUGAGCGGCAGCUGAGAGACGAGAAAGAGACCAGCCUCCGACUGAAGGGGGAGACGGGCCUCAUGAGGAAAAAGUUCAGCAGCCUGCAGAGGGAGAUUGAUGAACGGAUGUCAGAAAUCGAGAGGAUGAAGGGAGAGCAUAAUAAACUGCAGUCAGUCAUCAAGUCCCUGGAGAAAGACAUCGUGGGGCUGAAGAAAGAGAUCCAGGAGAGAGACGAGACGAUCCAGGACAAGGAGAAACGCAUAUAUGACCUGAAGAAGAAAAACCAAGAGCUGGAGAAGUUUAAGUUUGUGCUGGAUUAUAAAAUCAAAGAACUGAAGAAGCAGAUUGAACCCAGGGAGAAUGACAUUAAAGAAAUGAAAGAACAGAUUCAGGAGAUGGAGGCGGAAUUAGAGCGUUUCCUCAAACUAAACACACAGCUGGAGCUGAAUGUCACCGAACUGAAGCAGAAGCUGAAAGCCACAGACACGGAGAUGCACAAGGAGAUGUCCAGGGUGCGAAACGGGGAGGCGCUAGUGAAGAGGUUCAAGACAGAUCUGCACACCUGUGUGGGGUUCAUUCAGGAGCCCAAGAAACUGAAGGACUGCAUCCGAGAUCUCUACGAAAGAUACGUCCAGCAGUCAGAUGUGGUGGAGAUUGUGGGAGUCGAUGCAGAUAUCCAGAAAGAGUUUGCACGCCAGAGAGAGCACCUGGAGAGAACCGUCGCCUCGUUGCAGAAAAAACUGACCAAGGACACAGAGAUUCACAGGGCUGACAACAUCAGAAUCAUGCAGGAAAACGUCACACUAAUUAGAGAAAUCAAUGAGCUGAGGCGGGAGCUGAAGGUGACUCGAACACACCUUCACGAUCUCAAGGCAGAAAACCGACUCAACAGAAAGAAAGGGAAGCAGGGCUCCACAGAAGCCAGAGUGCGCUCUACUGAUGAUCGCAGCCGCACAGUGACCAGGCUGAACUUCGAGGAGGAGGCGGAGAGGAUUAUUGAGCUGCAGCGGCUGGAGAUCCAGCGUCUCAGAGAUCAGACCCACGCCCAGGAGCAGAGCUACACCAGGCGGCCCCUGUCUGGAGGCAAACUCCCUGCACUCACAGCCUGAGCUGCUGAGCUCAACACCACAUCAUACAGAUAAACACACACCCUGUACUCACAAGCACUGCUAAACUCCCUGCACUCACAGCCUGAGCUGCUGAGCUCAACACCACAACAUACAGAUAAACACACACCCUGUACUCACAAGCACUGCUGAAAAAUAUAUUCUUUAGAUUUAUUGUUGUUGUCUUUUUUAUGAUUUACAAGAGAUUUGUUUAGUUUUUUUGCCCAUGUUAAGGUAAUCGUGAUAAUACUCUAGAUCUGAAGAGUGUGUAUGUUACAGUCAUUCUGUUAAACCAGGCAUUUGACCAAAUCACGAGCUUCCAGGCAGAUGGACAAAUUACUGAAUGCAGUUUUGUAGUCAUUUGGUCAAAACUUACAAGCAACUGGAAUCAACAACAAACAGAUCAAACAAGAACAUGUUGAAGUUACAUCAAUAAGCAACCGAGACCUGAAUUAAAACCAAUCAUUUUGAUUUAAUAGAGGCCCUAGUAUGUUUUUCAUUAGAUUUUAAAUCUGCUGUAAGUAUGACAAUGACAUUUGCGAAUUAAGUUUAAUUAGCAGGGAUGAUUCUCUCCUUCUGCGAUGCUUUAGUUUCACCACUAGAGGGGGCCAGUAGUGCACACUCGCCACACCAUGUACUGUAUGCCGGUAAACAGCAGGAAAUUAUUACCUAUUUCUUAGCAGACGCCCUUACCCAGGGCGAAAUGCAAACUAAAAUAUUAAAGUUGAGUGGCCACAGGCCAGCAGGGCUGUUGAUUUCAGCAGGGUUCACUGUUAUAAUCAUGCGAAUACCAGGGCAUGGGUUAUUGACUUGUUUACAAGCAUGAGGAAACAUAGUUCUAUUCACACACGGCUUAUUGAUCUUUAAACUAAGAAUAUUGAUAGGGUGUAAAA